UGUGUGAAACCUUUUGUGGUUUUAAUAUAGAACUGACGACAUCAAUUAUUUAUUGAUAAAAUAUAUUCAAAGCUUAUAUCAUCAAAUUUUACAAUCAAGCCUUUGUCUUAAGUAAUGGUUGCGUCGAUUUGUUGCUAGACGCAUUCCUAGCCAUUUUAUUGUGAAGUUGAUAAUGCCUCCUUCCAUUGAAACUUCACAAUAUGUUAUGAGCCUAGCUUUUAAUCAAGAACCAAAUAAAUAUCUCAUGAAAAAGAGCAUAACAAUAAAUUGCAAAAAAAAAUCUUAUUUUUUUUCCUAAGAUUUGAACCUAAUUUCAAAAAUAUGCGAAGUAUUUCUCCUCUACGUUUCUUCAUCAGUGAAAUUUACAAGUUGCAACAUUUUUAUUUACAAUGUGGCAGCAUUUAUUGUUGAUAUUCUUAUUUGAUUUUUAAUUAUGUUUCAUAUUUAGGCCAAAAAGCAAGAAAAAAAUGUUUGAUUGUGGCGCUAAGAAUUGUUUACAUUCUCGUCGAUAUUGACGGAAUUUUCUUCUUUUUUGAUAAGCAUAUUUUAAUGUUUUAAAACAGUUUUAAAGAUAUAAGGAAAUGUCAUCAGCAAUAAAUAAUUAUGUGUGUAUUAUUAAAAGUAAAAAUAAAACAUUUCGUAUUUAAAAAACUGACGCGAGGAAAGAAAAAAUAAACUGUUUGGAAAUGCUAAUCAAGUAGAAUUAGGAAAGUAAUUCCAAUUAAUUUAAUUUUAAUUGACUCCUGAAACUGUUUCAUGAAAUCACUUUCAUGGUAAAGCUUAUGUUCCUUAAUAUUUCUGAUUCGGAAAUGCAUCAAAAAGUCAUUUUAUUUGGACAAUUAUCUAUAUCACCUCUGCACGGGAAAAAGAAAAAUUUAACCUGAAAGUGAUGAGAGGAAUCUUGCAAUUACAGAGAGUUUCAAACGAUGCGUCUUCGUACUUCUUGAAAAUGCCUGUUGACUCUUAAUUACAUAUCUUUUUCGGAUAGUACCUUUUUGUACAAAAAUGGACAGUGAUCCAUAUUCUGACAGCACUUCCAGUUUAGAUGAAUCUUUUGAAAGUGGAAAUGAGAGUAGUGAUGCGAAUGAGACAUGUUGUUUUCAGAAAAAGGUUCUUCAACUACCUGAAUGCUUUUGUGCUGAGGCAAAAAUAUUUAUUGAAGUUUUAAAUCCCAUUACAUGGAAAAGUGUUCUCAAUAGCAAAAAUGGAGAGAGAUUAAAAAAACUCCUUCCUGUUUUUCCUGAAGAUGAUGAAAAAGAAAAAAACAUAACUCUAAGGAAGCUGGUUCAAUGUGAAAAUUUUAAAUUCGGUACUCCAAUCAAGUCGUUUUUUCAAAAAUUAAAAGAAGGUUUCUUGUCUUCUGAUGUUGUAAAAAUUACUAAUUCCUUGAAACGGACAAAUUACAGAGAAUAUAAAAUUCAGCAAAAGCAGUAUUCUUAUCAUCUUUUUCGUGAUAUAUUGACGUCAAGGAAAAAACUUAUUGGUGCAUCUUAUACAUCACCUCCUGGGCAAGCUAUUAAAAUGCAACAGUUUUUUGCCAAACCAAAAGAUGCUACUUUAUCUGAAAGAACAAGAUUGAGGUAUUUUUCUGCUCUUCAAGACCUUCGUGAAGAAGUGGGGGAGAUUGAUACAUCUUCUGAAGAUGAAAAUUAUCCUGAAAGCAUUCCUCCUAAAGUAUAUAGAAAAUAUAAAAGACAGCUUCAAAAUCAUGGAGCAUCUCUGAAUUCGGAAAUGGCACGCAUUACAGCAACAACUACAUUUCCUCCUGGUUUUCCAGGUUCUGGGUAUUUUUUUAAUCAUCCCAUGGACUUGUUUGAAGUGUCUGAUGAAAGAUAUCGAGAGAUGUUGUUAACUCAUAAAGAAAGAAUGUUGUAUUAUCCCGAUCAUCCUAAACUGGUUAUAUCUCACUUGGAUUUGAAGAGUGUAACUUCGCGAUGCAACUUAGCGAAGAGGCAUGCUAAUAGAAGUGGUGACAGUGCAGUCAAGAAAAAAGUGAAAACAUCUGAUAAUUCAGGAAAACAAGGGAGUUCUGUUGUUAACAUCGAAUCGUUAGAAAACGAUUCACCUUCUCCAUUUGGUAAUUUGGUUAUAAAAGAGGAACCAUUUGUUGAAUGUGUUUCUGAGAAUAUUUCUGAAGCAGUUACUUCAUCUAUCCAAGAAACUGAAAUUCAGUCAGAUCCUGUAUCUUCUCAGAACGAUCCAGAAGAUACUCAAGUUGAAGAUAAUGCUCAAAAUAUCAAAUUACCAUCCCCUUCACCUGAAGUUCACCAAUAUCCAACUUGUUUCUUUGCUUUGAUUCGAGAUAUAUUCUGUGAAACUGCUGAGAUGAAAAUGUCUGCAGUGAAACUGGAAGAAAAAGUUAAAAAUUGGCAGGGUGGUCCUACUGCUUCUUUAUUUGAAUGGUUGCAUUAUCAAGAAUCGUGGUCUGAUUUAGUAUCUUCUGCAUUGAAAUUUCUUGCUGGAGACUUAAUAAAUAUUCUUCCAGAUACAUUUGUGCCAUUUUUGGAUUAUAAAGAGAAACAACAGCAAUGGCAAUGGAUAGGAACUGGACGUGACUCAGAUGAACAAAUGUAUGGCUUGUGUCAACAGUGGUUAGAAAAUAAAGAUGAGAUUUCUUCUGAUAUAUUGGAAACCUCACAAGGUUCUCCUCCUCCUCCUAGAGUAACUACCGGUUGGACUGUGAGGCCUACUGCAGAAGAAGAAAAACAAGUCUAUCGCCUACAGGAAUGUAUUCGAUAUCAAAAUCCUCACAAAGCAUUUACAUUUAAAAUUCAUGGUUAUGAGGCUGUCGUUGGGCCUGUGAAAGGAGUUUAUGGCAAAGAAAGUGGGGUAAAUAAAGCAAGGGAACAUUCUCUUUUAACAUCAGAUAGACCUCCAUUUGUGACAAUACUCUCUUUAGUUCGGGAUUCAGCUGCGCGACUUCCAAACGGUGAAGGAACACGUGCUGAUAUAUGUGAAUUGCUGAAAGAUUCUCAGUAUUUAUCACCUGCAAGUGAUCAACAGAUUCAUACAGUUGUUAGUGGCGCUCUUGAUAGGUUGCAUUACGAGAAAGAUCCGUGUGUGAAAUAUGAUGUAAAUCGUAAGCUAUGGAUUUACUUGCAUCGCCAUAGAACAGAAGAAGAAUUUGAGCGCAUUCAUCAAGCUCAAGCAGCUGCUGCCAAAGCUCGGAAAGCUGUUCAGAAACAUAAACUGCCCAAAUUUAAAAACAAAGAAAUUUCUCGUUCAUUUACUUCUACUCAUGUAAUAUCUAAUGCUGACAGUGUUGCUCUGCUAAAUGUUGACAUACCAACGGUUAUAACAACUGGGCAAUCUUCUCAGAGUCCUAGAGGCGGUACUAGUCCAAGAACUAUAGUCCAAGGAAGUCCUAAAGCUAGUUAUGCUGCUAAUCGCAUUAACUAUACAGUACAUGCUAUACCAACUAUUAACCAAGCAGAAAUAAAAUGUACUGUUUUAGGAAUUGAUAACCAAACUGUUUUAGGAAUUGAUAACCAAACUAAAAAUGUUGAAGUGGUUAAAAGUGAACCCCUGGAGACUUCCUCAACAAGUACUCAUGUUAGUGAGAAUGUUCAACCUACCAUAUCAACAAAUAUCUCUACUCAAGUUCGUGAUAUUUCUGUCUCUCGACAGUCAUCAUUUGCACCAAGUAUAACAUUUCCUUGUGCAAAAAGUAUUCUUGGAAGUCUUAGUGCAACUCAGAUAGUAAGUGUUACUCCUGUUCAAAUCAAGCCUUGUCCUGCAGAACAACUCCGAGCACUUGGCAACAUCUCUACACAUGUUCAUGAUGUUCUUAACGUUGACCUGAAACCGUCUUCACCGUCAUUCGUUGGCCAGCCACCAGUAUUGCAUCCCAUUUUAACUCAUCAAAACAUUGAAAAGUUGAAUCCUCAAAACACCAUAACCACAUCUGUUACUCCAACACUCAUAUCCUCAAUUGCUCCUUCAGUCACUAAAACGACUAAAGUAAAUUGUACUAAUUUGACUGGUUUACAAACUACUGCAAUUGCUGGAUUCCAAACUAUAGUCAUAAAGCAAGAACCUGGUAUAAGAACUUGUAAUGGAAUAUCUACAAUUCCGUUAUUAUCUAUUGAAGAAAGGCUGCCGUCAUCAAAUCCAUCAGCCUUAAACUCAGCCCCUGUUGUGGCUAGACUAUUGCAUGGUUCGCAAUAUCUCUCUUUUAGUAACAUUGUAGCUACAUCAAACACCUGCUCUCCGACAAAACCAAUUACAGGAGCUGUACAAAAUUUUAGAGUACAGGGAGGAAAUUUGUGUCAACAAGUUCUUACAACGUCUACAAUUAAGGUCGUGCAUACUACUCCUGUUGUUUCUGCAAUCACUGAUUCUCGACUGCCUGUAAUUGCUCUAAAAAAUCAGCUGAGCAAUGUUAAGGAACAGACUGUGAUAUCGCAAUCUCCUACAUCCCUAAGUCUUUGUGGAAGACUCUAUCAAAUGACAAAUGUAAGAAAUACAGUCAUUUCUAAUGAUGCCGAACCAAAGAUACCGGAUGUUGUUGCACCAAAUGAGAGUAAAGAGAUAAUUGCUAAAGAAACUACAGUGCAGGAGGCUACAUUUCCAGCAUUAACAGUUGCAACGACUGUAGAAAAUACUCCAUUGUCAGUUGCCAGUAGAAAUACUCAAACAGUCAUAACAGUAUCACCAAAAUGAAUAAUAAUGGGAGGAAAAGGAAUUCAUGAAGACUGGAGAAUACUCAUGAAACUAUAUAUUUAUAUUCUGAUUAUUAUUUUAAGCCACCUAUUCUUAACCUUAUGUCUGUGAUUUAGAUAAUAAGAAUAAAAGUUCAGUUAUGCUGAAAAUUAAAUAAAUGCACUUAUUGAAUCAAAAUGGGAUGUGCUAAUUCAGUAAUUAUCAUUCAUAAAGUAUUUGAUAUAACUUAAUCAUGUAGUAUGUAAUUUGACAAUCUUCAUGGUGGUGUACAGUAAAAUAAAUUCAUUUUUAUAUAAUGAAAAAAAAUUAGCAUAUUCCAGCACUUUACAUUUCCAGAAUUUCAGCAAGCAUAACUGUAAUAAGCAAUACUUACUAAUAAGCAAUAAAUCCGAAUAAAUAAUGCUCUCGAAUAAGCAAUACUCACAUUCUAUAAUCAAAGAAUGCUGGAGUAAAGCAUUUUUGCAUGUUGAAAAAUGUUGGUGUAUGAACACUCUCAAUAAUUUACAUAUACUGUGUUGUACAUGUGAAACUCUUUCACAUUUGUGAAACGGAUGUCAUUUUGGUAUUGUGAAUCUGAUUUUCAUAAUGAAUUUUAUAUGUGAAAAAUUUUACCUGUAAAAUUUAUAUUUGUGACAAGCUUAGUGAAGUCCUUUUAUACAUUUUUCAUGUUUAUUGUUAUACAUCGCUUCUGCUAGUCCCAAAUUAUUUGUAUACUCGUUGUUAUAGUUGGUUAUACAUAUACGUUGUUAUUGUUCCAUGAUUUUAAGCAAUACUAAAUACUGAUAUUCUAGUCUGUGUUCAAAUCGGUUAGUGAAAAAUUAGAAACUGAAGGUCAAGAAAGGCAUCCUUUUGCAGUUUGCAAUAUAAAUUUAAACAAAGCCUUACUAAAUGUGAAAUAUUGAUUAGUCACGAAAACCUUUUUGGUUGAUAUUAAUAGUUUGAUUCAAUUUUUAUUUUCUUGUCCAAAAGAAAUUUUAAUUUCUAAAUACUUUUUUAAAUACUUUGGUUGACAAUCAGAAAAAUUCCAUUGUCUGCACAACGGUAAGGGAAUCUUAUUAAUUUUCUCUGGCCUUGAAUAUUAUUCGCAAUUCGUGAAAAUCGAAAAGUAAUUUAAUAUUAUUAAUAGUCUUGAAAUUAAAUUGAUGGAUUUCAAUGUUUACCUGUACAGUUAAUGUUAUUUUACCUGAUUCUUAAGUUGUCCGUGCCAGUGACAUUUAUGUUAUUGUCUUUAUAGUUAAAUGUCGUGGUAAAUAAUAUUGCUCAAAUGGUUUCUUCACGUUGUAUGUUUUGUUAUUAUUAUGACUGCUGUUAUAUAUGAUUAUUAGUACGACGUUUUGAUUGUUCACUUUAGAGUUAUUAUUUGUAUUGCUCUGAAUAAUAAAAUUUCAAGCUCACACCUCUGCGUAUUGCAUAACAGAACACUUAUAAUAUUGAUUAUGAAUGCGAAUUUGGUAUGAUAACAAUAAAGUCAUUAUAUCGAUAGAAAAAUAAGGACAAAUCCAACUUUCAAUCAUUUGUUUCCCCACAAAUAAUUUAAUUAUUUUAUAUAUUUUUGUAGUUUGUAAAUCAUUUUUUACUUAAUAUUGUCAAUUUUUAUAUGUGCAUUUAUUAAAUAAUUAAUAAAACGCUUGUUUUAAAUCAUGUAUUUAAUCAGAAAAUUGGGUAUCAUUUGAUAAAUAAUGUAUUUACGAAGGUAGUUCAAAAAGUAAAGUAACUAGUCCUCUGAGAGAAAAGAUUUAUUCACAAUAUCAAAGAGAUAGACAAAGGUUGAAAGGCAUUGGUACAUAUUACUUUCCGAUAUAGUCACCAUGGUUGAUGGUUCCAGUAGGCCAAUUACUUGCGCACUUUAUUCAGUACACUGCCAAUGCAAGCCAAGGAAUGAUAGGCUUGCGUCAGACCAUCGACAUGGUACAUGUUUCAUCAGUGUUGUUGACGGUCUUGACCGCCUUUACCUUUGCUUGUCUGACAUAUUUAUUUUGUCUAAUUCAAAAUCCUUGCACCAAAACCACUUCUGUUUUUCCACAUUUACUCGCUCUAUGAACUUCCAUUAAUUGGCGAUGAAUUUCAAAUGAAGAUGUUUUCUUUAAAUGCAAAAACCUUAUACUUUGUACUUUAUUGUAUCAUAUAUCUGUCAGCCCUGCCAUAUAACAGAGAUUUCAAAGCGCUGUGGCACAUCUACACUCCAUUUACCGGUGGUGUAAUGGAGGUAGUUGAAUUCUUUGAUCGUCUAUUUCAUUUAACCAUGGAAUUUAAUUCACAUGUGGAGUUUGUGCGCUCAUGAAAUCUGUUACCUUACUUUGUGAACUACCUAUGUGCUUUAUUAAUACGGGUUAUAUAAUAUUUAUUUAUUUUUUUACCUCUGUGUUAAUUUGUAAUACUCAAAUAUCUUUUCGUUUGCUCAUAUCUUUUUUUAAAAGGCAGCUUGUGUUCAUCGUUAUAAUAAAUUAUGAUCCCAUUCUAUGAAUGUUAUUGUAUUCAACACUUAAGACAAAUGUUAUUGUUAAAAGAAUUGUGUAAAAGUUAUACAUAUAUACUUGUUUUUAUUUUAAGUUAUUUAAAUUAUGAUCAUGAAAUUCUCGUUUUAAAUAAAAAUAAUGAAUCUGUAGAAGGGUUUGAGAAGGUUAAGAAUAGCUGGUUUAGAAGUUUUCUUUGUAAAUGUACAUUAUAAUUUAUUUUAAUGUGAUAAAUGACUAACAACUUUUUGUCAAAUAAAUUGAAUAAAUUGUAUCUUUUAUCUCA